UUCACUUCGCUCUUUUAUUUUGAAACGACCUCAGCACAAACGGAAGUUGCUUUCUGCUAGCAGCAACAAUGAAGGCUGUGCGAACAAAAACAGCAUAUCAGUUUAUUUAAUGUAAAUUCCCAUGAUGUGUUGCGCUUCGUUUUAUUUGAUAAACACGCCUUAAAAGCCGACGAUCAGGUUUAUCCUGUUGGAAGUUUUUAUUUUAUCUGAAUUUCCUUCCGGAAGCAGCCGAAGUGUUAGCUUAGCUUGUUAGCUGGAAGCAAACCGCCAGGACCGAGUCAGAGAUCCAGUUUGGUGAACAGAUUCCUUAUGAUGGAGGUUAAUGGGAGAAAAGGUUCUGCUGUGGUUGUGUGAAAACCUCACCAGUUAAGAGCGUUAAAGAAAAGACAACAGAGAUGGAGGAAGCAGCACUGAGUGACCAGAAAGAAUCAAAUUUUAAAGACGUCCAGCAGCUGGUGGUGAUCAAAGAGGAACUUCCUUCUGAGAACUGGAGUGAAAGUCCAGACCAGGAGGACCAGAAGCCUCCCCAGAUCAAAGAGGAACAGGAGGAGAAUGAGAUCAUCGAGUUUAUAUUUGAUCCUGUAUCUACGAAGAGUGAGAAUGAUGAGGAGAAACCUCAGCUCUCAGAACAUCUUCACAACAAACCCACAGAGAACUCUGUUGGACCAGAACUAGAUGAAUGUUUUGAAUCAGACAGUAAAUAUAAAACUUCUGGUUCAGAGACGGAUGUCAGUGAUGGGGACUGGGAUAACAACAAAUCUCAGUCAGGUUUGAACUCUAUGAGAAAAAGGAAAGUUUCUGAAGUUAAUAUGAUAUGUGAUGGGGGAGAAAAGUUGCACAGCUGCGCUGAGUGUAAAAAAACAUUUAAUAGCAGAUCAUAUUUAAUAAGACACAACAGAAUCCACACAGGAGAGAAACCGUUCAGCUGCUCCAUCUGCAACAAAGCUUUCACAUGGAAACAUGGAUUAGUCCAGCACAUGAGCCUGCACAGUGAAGAGAAACCUUUUAGCUGCUCUGUCUGCGGUCAGAUGUUCAAAAGAAAGGAAGACGUCACCUCCCAUAUGAGGCGGCACUCUGCAGAAAAGCCUUUCAGCUGCUCUGUUUGUGGGAAAACAUUCAAAAGGAAGGAAAGCGUAACUUACCACAUCAGACGUCACACUGAAAAAAAACCCUACAGCUGCUCUUUCUGUGACAAAUCCUUUACUUUGGAAGUAACUUUAAUGGAACACAUCAGGAUCCACACAGAGGAGAAACCUUUUAGAUGUUCCAUCUGUAAUGCAGCUUUUAAAAGGAGGUACACGUUAACAGAACACACCAGAACCCACACAAAGGAGAGGCCGUACAGCUGCUCCAUCUGCAGCCGAAGCUUUGCUCACAGGUCAUAUCUAACCGUCCACAUGAGAGAUCACGCAGAAGAGAAACCUUACACCUGCUCUGUCUGUAAUGCAGCUUUUAAGAGGAGGUACACCUUAACAGAACACACAAGGACCCACACCAGAGAGAGACCUUACAGCUGCUUGGACUGUGGCAGGAGCUUCAUGCACUGUGUGAGUCUGAGGCGCCACAUGAGAAGUCACUCAAGAGAAAAACCUCUUAGUUGCUCCAUCUGUAAGGAAACGUUCAAAUGGGAAAAAACUUUCCUGAGACACAAAAAAAUCCACACACAGAAAUAAAUUUUCAGCUGCACAGACGGGUCGAUCUGUUGAUGUGUUAACUGGAAAUUUGUGCCUCGUCUGUCUGAGUAAAAAUAAUUUACAUUUUAUUCUGCAAUUUGAGAAACCCAUAAGUCACACAAACACAGUUACUAGAUGUUUUCAUUUUUUUAAAGAAAAGAGUAACUGUGCUGCAUGUUUGCUCACAGUGAUUGGUUCAGAAGCUGCAUCAGCUUGUUGGUGUCAAUCUAAGGUGAUUAGUGGUUCCUACAAAACUGUGAAAAAGAUUUAGCUCUUCAGGAUGUCAUCAAAAAGUUAUUUUCAAGAUGCUCAAAUAAACUUAAAUCCCAGUUACUAACCCUGUAAGUAACUAACGCCUAAAGCUAAAAUUGAGUUGCUUUUUAUCCUGUUUCCUGUUGACUUUUCUGUUUGUUUGCAGCUAAGCAUCUCAGGUAGAACUGUGUUUUGUUACUGUAGCAACCUCGAGAGGUGAAUGACCUAAAUAAAAGUACAUAGUGUUAUCAGCAGUUACAAUAAAUAAAAGUAACUUAAUCACAUGAUUCAUGUGAUGUGGAAGAAAAGUGUUUCCACUGCAGUUUUGUGAAAUACAUAAAUUUUGAUUCAUCCGAAAAUCACUUAAUCUAAAACUUUAUUGAAAAAUGUGUUUUUUUCCAAAAUUGGUGUAUUUCCAUUAAGUACAUUUAUUUUGCAUAAUUGCAAUUUCAUAGUUAAUGGAAAAGCAACUAUUGACAGUCAGCUGGAAAACUGUCAAGUCAGCAGCUUCUUCCAUGAAUGGUUGGACCAUUCAUGGAUUUUUGUUAAUAUUUUUUUUAUUUGAAAUAUUCUAAAUUGGAGAAGCUGAUUUUUGAGGGGUUUAUUAGCGCUAAGUAUUAAUCAUCACCAUUCAUAAAUAUAAACAUUUAUGCAUCACUCUUUACUUUUUUUUAUUGUUUUACUGAAAAACUUUAACUUUUUGGUGAUUAUUCUAAAUGAGAUGCACCUGAACAUUUUUCCAGUUCUGCUCAUUGGAUAAACAUAAUUCAUGGUGAUCCAGUGUAACUUUAACUGGACUCUUGAUGACACUUAAGACAUGACAAUAAAAACAUCUGCACACCUUU